AUGAAUGAUAAAAACUUUGUUCAAUUGGUUUUUAGAAAAUUAGCAUAUUAUAAGUGUAAUAAUGAGUGAAUACGUGGUAGCAGGGUGUGGUAUUAUUGGUCUUUAUACAACUUUUCAUUUACUCGAUAGAGGAAUCGAUCCAAAGAAGAUUACUGUUUUAGCUCAGCAUUUUCCAGGAGAUGAAUCGAUUAAUUAUGCAUCUCCUUAUGCUGGGGGAGACUUCUCCUGUAUAACUGAUGAUGAUCCUAAGACUUUAUUUUAUGAUCAAUAUACUUACACCAAUUUAAAAAAGAUUCAAAAAGCAUUAGGAGGGCCCGCAUGUGGAUUAGAUAGAUAUACAUCUACUGAAUAUUGGGAUAUUAAACCAUCUAAGGAAAAAAUCGAUUCCUUGGCUUCAUAUUUGGACGAGUAUAAGGUUAUAAGUCCAGCUAAAUAUCCUAAGGGAGUUCAAUAUGGUAUUCAAUUUAAAUCUUGGAAUUUUAAUUGUCCUUAUUUCUUACUCAAUCUUAAGGUUUAUCUUGAGAAUAAUGGGGUCAAGUUUGAGAAGACAAUCUUGACUCAUAUAACCCAAGCAUUUAUUAGUUCUCAUACUAAGAUUAUAUUUAACUGUACUGGAUUAGGAUCUCAUUCCUUAGGUGGAGUUAAUGAUUCUAAUGUUUAUCCUACAAGAGGUCAAGUUGUAGUGGUUAAAGCUCCUCACAUCACUGAGAAUGUCAUGAGAUGGGGUGAUGAUUAUGCUACAUAUAUCAUUAAAAGACCAUAUUCAAACGAUCAAUUGAUUUUAGGGGGUUAUAUGCAAAAGGAUAAUUGGACGGCUGAUACAUUUAAAGAUGAGACUGAAGAUAUUAUUAGUAGAACCACUAAAUUAUUUCCCAAAAUCAUUGAUAAGAAUCCAAAUGGAGAUAAAUUAGAGAUUUUAAGAGUAGUAGCUGGUUUAAGACCAAGUAGACAUGGAGGAGUAAGAAUUGAAAAAGAAGUAGUAGGUCAUAAUAAAUUUGUUGUACAUAAUUAUGGUGCUAGUGGUUAUGGAUAUCAAGCAGGAUUUGGUAUGGCUUAUGAUGCUGUUAGAUUAGCUCUUAUUAAUGAUACUAAGUUUUAGUCUACUCUCAGUAAUUUUAAUAUGUUUUUGUUUAUAAUUUAUUACUCAAACUCACUAUAUUUAGUCAUAAUAGCACAGUACUAUUUAUCUGUAUAAUCAAUCAAUGUAAAAUCUGGAGUAACAUUAAUCUUUGUGU